AUGGGGCGCCGGCACGGCUGGCUUAGUUUUUCACGUUUUGCUAUACGUCCGACAAAUUUCGGUAAUGGCCAGCGGCAAAAACAACGGCAACAAUGUCGUAAGCGUAAAAUUAAAAGGUGUCGCUCCGAAAGGACAAAUGUUAUGCGCAUGGAGUAUGGAGACAGGAAACGGCGAAAGCAUCAGCAGAUAUUUACUUUAUUUUCGAAUACUCCUGCUUUUCAAAGAAGCGUUGCGCUUGAUUUACCACAAACUGCCUACCUGAUGCGUGUAUUGGAUAAUCUCAGACAUCAGAAGCCGAUGGAGAAUGACGAGGAAGGUACGUCGGAAGGAAAUACCACCCAGGAAACAUUCGACACCGAGGAAAAAGUGUUACAGAUAAAUCAUAUGCAGACGUCGACGAAGAAUUUCAAUUAUAUGCAGUCAUCAUCUACAGAUCCACAUACUUCCAAAUCCAAUCAACAUACGAUUCCGUCAUUAGUUCCACCUCCACCGAUAGCUUUUACUAAUUUACCAUCACCGGAUGAUGACGAAGCAUUGGCAAGUAUGCUAAUGUCGUGGUACAUGACUGGUUAUCAUACUGGUUACUAUCAGUCAAUUAUGUACUGGUUUGAUAUCUCUCAUGACCAGCAUGCUGCGAUGUCGACUGCGUCCAAGAAAGGUAUCGCUAAAGCCCCACUGUUCAUUAACAUGCUGCGAAUCAGUAAGGCUAUCCAAGAUAAAAAGAAGAAAGCAUUGAAGAAAGUUUAG